CGCGCGCUUUUUUGAAUCUCAAUUCCGUUGACGACUCUGUUAACAAAGCAUCCGAACGAAGCGAUUGUUGUCUGUUUAUUUUACAGUUAAUUCAGGGUUAGGGAAAGUAAGCGAAGGAAAUGGCAGAAAGACGAGUAAACGAUCGUGGACAAAAUCAAGAUGAUAAUGCGGUUCCAGCGGCAAUUAGAAAUAGUAACAUGUCCGAAGAAUGCAUCGUACUGCUGGAGGAAUUGAUCCGCAGCAACCGGGCUCUGGCGAGCGAAAAUGAAAAGCUGCGGCAGCAGCAAGAGUGCAGCAACAAAUCAAACUUAGAGGCUCUUCAGCGGAUUGAGAACCGUCUUGAAACUGGUGAUAAUGGAGCCAAAGUCCGUCGGCGCCAAAAUAGACAGAAGCGAAGGACGAUAGUAGUUCCACCAGCUUGUCGAAGUAAAUUCUGAUAACAACUAUGGAAUUUUUGAGCGCACAGUAGAGCAGGUUGUACAUCAACAGGGAGGACCUGAAAAGUGUCCCUGGACAAAGGAUAUCAUUGAAG